AUGCGACGGGCGAAGUUCGCUGCCCCCGUGGCAGUAAGAGUGCUUGAACUGGGCCGAUUUCUCGCGGAUGUCGUCUUAACCAGACAGAUGCCGUUACUGAAGGGUUCGCUUAUCGUUCUACUGUUCUAUCCUCUGAGUGGCUGGGAGGGAGACGAGAUUUACGUGGAGGGAGCGCCAUCGAGCGAGGAGCUAGAGAAGCUUGCGGAAAGUCUGCAUGGGAGGCUUGAGACUGAGGAUGCUAGAUAUAGGGUUAUCAAGCAUGACAAUACUGCCAAAGGUGAAUCAAAAGGGGAUUUCAGUCGUGGGGAGCAGCGGAGAGCGUGA